UCGAGUGUUCCACGCUUACGUUUAUGUAAGCAAGCAUAGCAUGUCGAUGUCAGUCAGUUGUUGAACGUUCUGUAGUUAUAUCUAAUGCAAUAUGCAUUUUCAGUGUAAACUGAACGAAUUCUACCAUUUUAAUAUCUAAUUAGUAAAUACACUUUUUUACAAAAUAUGUACGCUAAAGGAAAAACGACAACAGUACCUUCGGAUGCUCAAGCUCGAGAAAAAUUGGCGCUAUAUGUAUAUGAGUAUCUCUUGCACGUUGGAGCGCAAAAAGCUGCUCAAACCUUUCUAUCUGAGAUACGCUGGGAAAAAAAUAUAACUUUGGGUGAACCUCCUGGCUUUCUUCAUUCAUGGUGGUGUGUGUUCUGGGACCUAUAUUGUGCUGCUCCUGAAAGAAGGGAUACUUGUGAACACUCCAGCGAAGCCAAAGCCUUCUAUGAUCAUGACUAUGGAUUUGUCAACUCAGGCUACGGCGUCAAUGGCAUGGGACAUAAUGCUGGACCAUCGCCCAAUCCUAUGGGACAAAUGCCACCAAAUGAUCACAUGGGCCCUGGAUUUUUCCCUCCUUUCAUGGGACCACGCUAUCCGUCAGGACCUCGCCCUGGUGUUAGGAUGCCUCAAAUGGGAAAUGAAUUCAAUGGCCCUCCUGGACAACCCAUGAUGCCUACUGGGAUGGACCCGACAAGGGCAGGUGAGGGUGGAGAUUUUGUGGGAUGGCAAGGUGGACCGGGUAUGAACCCACGAAUGAACCCACCCAGAGGACCCGGAAUGGUGCCCGGUUCAUAUGGCCCAGGACAGGGCAUGCGAGGACCUCCACCUAACUCAGCAAUGGGGCCCGGACCCGGGGGACCACCUAUGGGCAUGGGACCUGGGGGAAGGCCACAAUGGCAACCCAACACAUCUACUGCUAUGAGCUACUCCUCUUCAUCACCCGGAAAAUAUGGGGGUCCUCCAGGAGGUUCUGCUCCACCAGGCCCCGGGACUCCCAUAUUGCCAAGCCCUCAAGGUUCAGUCGGUCCAUACUCCCCUGCUAGUCAUCGAAUGCCCACCCCCAGUCCAGUAAAUCGUCAAGAUCCUUCAAACCCAGGAGGAGAAAACAUGUACACAAUGAUGAAGUCAGUACCUGGGGGAUCCAUGCCUGGGGAGUUUGGAAUGGGAGGUAAUGGACCAGGAAAUGACGGUCCUGUAGGAGGUGGAAUGGGUGUGGUUAUGAACGGAGACGGCAAUUCACCAGCAGGGCCAGGCCCAGGCACACCUAGGGAUGACUCUGGCGGAGGUAUGGGGGACUACAACUUAGCAGGCUUCGGACCUACGGAUAACGUCAACAUGGGUGUACCUGCCUCUUUCUUCUCUGACAGCAAAUUGGGAACUAAAGUUCCAGAAGAAUGGUGAACUUGUAUCGCUCUAGUAUGUGUGUAUUUAUUUGCUGACAACCAUUGCUUUGGACUGUCCCCUACUAGACAGCAUCACUUUUGAUGGACACGGUUCCGUUAAAUGUAGUGCUCUCCUUCCAGAUUGAUUUGAACAUUUCAUUUGAAAGAAAAGGGAACCAAAAAUACACAUUCAAUACUAUGUGAGGCCUCUUAUUUUUUAGUGAAAAGAGUUGAACAUGUGGUUAUGUUUGAAUCUAUAUAGCCUACGUAAUAUAAUAAGGGUUUUAUCUGUAACAUCCAUUUCCUCCCGUCCUAGUAUACUGUUUUUUUACAAUUGAGGUGUCAUUCAAAGGGCUUGUAAUCUAGCGCAGGUACGAACAGUAAUUAAAAGGCAAUUUCAUUUACGGUUUCAUUCCCCUAGCCCUUUAUUUCAAAAUGGAGAUUUCAGGUUUCACGUAAAGCUGAACAACUUGCUAUAUACCGUUUGAAUAUGUCAAUCGUAAUUUAAUAAUGAUUACUUUUAGUUAAAUUUUAACCACAGUCAAAUGGCUGUAAUUAAGAGGCAAAACAUUUUAUGAAAAUUUAUUUUUAACUGUACUUUUAUUUAUAGUGAUUGAGACAGUUAAAUCACUCUUCAUGGUAUU